AUGAAGAGGAGGAGGAGGAUGAAGAUGAGGAGGAGGAAGAAGAGAAGAUGGAUGAAGACAGUAGUGAUGAUGAUAGCGUUUCCAGUGGUGGCAUUUUUCCUGUCAUUUGGCCUGGGAUGCUUGAGAAUUCUGGAUCCUGAAAUGAAGCUGUUGGACCUGACACAGAUGUGGCAACAGUUUCAGGUCUUGAAGGAACAUUUCAUCCCACACUAUGUUGCUUACCAUUACUUCCGAAGCAAAGGAUGGGUUCCUAAAUCUGGCCUCAAAUUUGGAUGUGAUCUCGUCUUGUACCGAGAGGGGCCGCCGUUCUACCAUGGCAGCUACUCCGUGGUUGUGAUUGCAGUGAAAGACAGCACUCUGUUGCCAGUUAGCACACGCGGUGGCCUACUUCUGGACAACAGGAAGCUCAACUGGGUUUCCCUGGCAGGGUUAAACCGAAUUACCGAACAUGUUGCCAAGGAGCUGAUGCUGUGUUAUGUCAUUUGGCCAGCAAAUAUGACCUCUGAGGAGUCCCUGUCGCCAGAUUGCAUUUCAAGAUUUAAGGUUAAGGAAUUGGUGGUUUCCCGAUGGGUGUCUUCUCAAGAAAGAGAGAAUAAGUUUGGAGAGGAAGAGAUGCCAUGA